CCAAAGUAGCGUCUGCUAAUAAAAAUUAAAAUGGCGGCGGCCGAGAUUCAGAUAGUGAAUCCUUCAAAUUUAUCAAAAAUUGAAAGUUUUCUCAAUGAUCCGAGUUACAAAGAGAUUAUUGAGAACUCUUCAACCUUCAAUUCGCGACUAUGUGCGGAAAGGAGGAUGCGUAUGCCGUUUAUCGACACACAGACUGGUGUUGCACAGAGCCACUGCAAUUUGUUCAUGACAAGAAGACAGCGCAUGCCCGGCCAGAAGGAAGGACAAGUUUACACAUACCCCGCACAGAGAUGGCGCAAAGCCCGCCGCCAAUAUCUAACAAUGUCAUCUACGCGGUGGGGAUGGACGGGAGCUUCUGAUAACCUGGACAAUACGGGUGAAGGAGAGAACAGCUCUGGAGUGCCGGGUGAUGCACUUGCUGGUGAUGACAGUAGAGACGGUUCACAGACUGCAGCUAAGGAUGAUCCUAAGGAAUGGUUCUACGAUGAACUAGCAAUGGAAGAAAUGGAAACUGGUGAGGAACCUGAAGCGGAAUCGGAUGAGGAUUACUACGAUGAUACUUAUGCGAACAGGCGCAAGCGGCGAGGUGGGGCCACGCCCACCGGCCCAGGGUCCAGAGGAGGGCGCACGCGCAAGUCACAGCCAGACGACACGCCCGCCAAGAGGGGCCGAGCUGGUCGCGGGCGAGGCAAACGCGCUCAAGGUACUCUUCCAUACGAGGUGCCCGGAGACAGUGAGAAACCCUUCGGCUGUGAACUUUGCGGGGCAAAAUACAAGACACGGCCUGGCCUGACGUAUCACUUCACGCACACGCACAAGGAACCAGCAGGAGGCUCGGGAGGGGCUGGUGCAAGUGACGGGGACUCUAGAGACUCCAGGCCUGGGGCCCACACUCCCCCCGCCCACCAACCACCCCCACUCCAACCUGCGACGGAGUACCAAGACAGCUACGUCACCUUCCUGAAUAAUCCUGCUGUUGGCACUGCGGGUGUCCCAGCUCCGCCAGUGCGCCGUGCGUCUCCUCCGCCUCGACCAGCGUCAGCGGACACUUCUAGUUCGGAUUCAGCGCAUGUUCCACUGUCUGCGGCCUUGCAUAGCGCUCCACCAGCCCCUGCACCCUCGGCGUCUGCAUCAGAGGCUAAGGAGCCAGGAGACUCUAAAAAAGGGGUGACACCAUCACCAUACUGCGACUUCUGUCUCGGCGACGAUCAUGAAAACAAGAAGACGGGUACUCCUGAAAAGUUAGUCAGCUGUGCCGACUGCGGUAGAUCAGCUCACCCAACGUGCCUGCAGUUCACGGCGAACAUGAUCGUCUCGGUCCGCAAGUACAGCUGGCAGUGCAUCGAAUGCAAGUGCUGCUCCGUAUGCGGUACCAGUGAUAAUGAUGACCAGUUGUUGUUCUGUGACGACUGCGACCGCGGCUACCACAUGUACUGCCUGGCGCCGCCGCUGGAGACGCCGCCCGAGGGAUCCUGGUCCUGCGCGCUCUGCAUCAAGGAGUUCCACACCAAGUAGUAACAGUCAGGUUUAAAACAGAAAAGGGCCGUGAGAGAAAUAGCUAGGUAGGCGAGAUAACGAAUUAUAGCGGCAGUAAGUUUAUAGGGUACAAGCGAGUGAUCAGAUAGUGUUGCUAUAAGUGGGACUUAAACAGUGUUGCCAUAGUCUAGUGAGAUUCUGCGCGCGAAACGACGGUACCACUAAUUUUAUGAAUAUCAUGUAUAAGAGUUUUUUUUUUAUUUAUUUAUUCGUUUUUGAUUGAAGAUUUACGGCCUAGCUUUGUACGUAUUACAGUAGUAAAGAAAUCCUUAUUUAUUAAUUUUCAAAUUUUUUUAUUGUGACGAUUUUUUGUAAAUAUUUAUUUGAGAUUAAUGCCAUUUUUAACAUAACUAGCGAAAGUCUUAUUUCAGGGAGUACGUUAUAUAAAGGGCAAUACAUUUUUGUCUCUGUUUAUCUAUUUUAACAUAAGGACGAUAUAAGUUAGAAAAUUUGGUCACCUAAGUCAAGAUGGCCGAAUAGAUUAAAUCAGAUCAAAAUCUGAACAAAUAUACUACUCGGUACAACAUUAUAGUCCGUCUCAACUUGAAUAAUUUUAUUAUCUUUAUGACUUUCCAAAUAAAGUUUCCAAGUAACUAAAGGAACAAAACGCAUACAUUGAUGGCGAUGGUAAUUAGAAAAAUAGUAUUUUUUUUUUCAUUUAUAUUAAACAUAGAUGAUAUAUUUUUUAUUAAUUUUAUUUACGUCUUUUCAUAUACA